AUGCGUGUCGCGAAAGCUUGCAUACAGUGCAGAGCUGCGAAACGACGCUGUCGUCCGAUUGAACAAGAUGGACAUCGUCCCUGCCAGCAAUGCCAGUAUAAGAGAGUACCAUGCUCUCUGCAAUAUGUUCACGCGCAGGGACCAGCUCGUUCGAUUCCACGCCCUUUGGUAUCCCGAGAAUCUCGCCAGGUAUUACCGGAAACACUAGCAAUCGAACUGGUAGACCUGUACCUCGCUACACUUCACGGAAAACCCCAUACUCUUUUCCAUCCAGCAAAGUUGCGGCAGCGAGUGCACGAGCAGAAACUACCCGAUCGCGUGCUCUUUGGGAUUGCCGGUCUCGCAGCGCGGUUCCACCCGUCACCUGCUGUGCGCGAGCGCAAAUUCGAGUUCAUGAAGCUGGCCAAUGCGAGCCUCAAAUCUCACAUCGACGACUUUGGUCUUGAUACCCUUCAAGCAUGCAUGCUUGUCAGUCAUCUAUACAGCGCAGAAAAUGACCGCGAUGUGGAAUCUCUGUUCAUUGCGGUCGCGUUCCGGAUCGCCCAUAUCAUCCGAUUACCCGAGAGGGACCCGCAGGAUCGCGCCGCCAUCACUCAUGAGGAGAGGAUUCGGGCAUUCUGGAGCCUUUACAUGACGGAUCGCUGGAGUUCUGCUGGCCUCAACGUGCCGAAACAGAUGCCGGACGUGUAUGAUUCGUCCGUCCCGUACCCAAUGAAUGAAACCGACUUCUACAGCAUAUCCUCCAGUACCAGCUAUGACCCGCUCUCUACCAGGAGGGAAGGACUGUGGGCACAGAUGGUCAAGUUAGCUCGUAUCUUCGGCGAGGUUCAGGACCUACACAAGAAACAUGCAGACGGACGCCUUGUCCUUGGUGAUGUCGAGCUCUUCACUCUGCAGCUCACAGAAGACAUAGAAGCUUUCUGUCGAGAUUUGCCCGCGGACUACCAUAUGAACGAGACAAAUCUGACCAGAAUCGCUCGGGAUGGGCUCGGCGGAGACUUCGUGGCGCUCCACCUGGGCUUAUACCACUACUCGACAUUGCUCACCUUUCCGUUUCUCGAUUUGCAGUUGAGCAACAGCCUUUACCAGACUCCUUGGGCGAAUCGGUGCAAGAAGAACGCGGCAGCACUGAGUGAUCUCCUUUCGUUGUCUAAACGAGUGCCAGGUUGCAAAGCGGUCUAUUUCGCCGUCGCUCAUAUGACUGUUGUCUCUUCUGCUGCAUUGCUACAUGAGCUUCUAUUCGGGAACGAGGACAACUCAUCAAUCACACGUCAAAGACUUAAUGCGAACUUUGAAGUGCUUGUGGAGCUGCGCGAUCUUUGGCCAGCUGCGGAAAUGAUGACGGACCGGCUGUUCACCUUCCAAAACAUGUGUCUCCGCUCUGCGGACCCGAACACACACCGAGCCGAUCCGUGGAUGGUAAAGUUCCUGCUUCAACAUUCCUUUCCCAUUGACCCCAAGCAUGCCGGGGCAUCUGCACAAGGCAAUUCGGUCGUUACCGCAACUCGUGAGAGACAAGUGAACGACGCACUGUCCAUAUUGCGACGAUGA